GCACGCGCGCGCGGAGCUGGUUGGGUUAGUUGAGCUGAGCAUCUCUCUUAGACACACGGCCGCGGGUCCGCUGCGCACGGAGGUGCUGUGAGUGAAGAUGAAGUCCAGCUGGUGUUUACCCUUCGCCCUCCUCCUCACCACCCUCACUCCUUCCUCACAAAGCAGCGACGACAGCCCGCCUCUGAACACCAAGCGAGGCCUGAGGCAGGCUUCUCCCGCCAACAGAAACGCCCUGCAGGACCCUGAGGCAGCGCUGCAUCAUGGAGGCCAUCGGCGGAGGCAGGGGGUGCUAUCCCACAGGCCCCUGCAGACAGCUGCCCGGCCUGAGGACGACGGGACGGGCCUGGAGGGCUUGAGCCCCGUCAGGCUGGAGAUGGGGCCUGGGGAGCGAGAGAGAGGUCACGGUGGGGUCAGAGGUCACUCUCACAUGAGGGACAAUCACCCUCCAGGAGGAGAGUUCUCGCGAAAAGGCAGGAGAAACGGACACCAGCCUGAACACCGGAGACACGGCCGCAGGGACAAGACACGAGGGAAAGGGUUCUUUCCUGACCCUAAUGCAGAAUUAGGCUCUCUGAUAAAGGACUUCGAUGCGCUGGACGACGCCCCCUUCACGCCCUCACCCAAUCACGACGCAGCCGUAGCCGCUGAAGCCCCCUCCCCCGCCUCCCGCAUCCCAGUUGCCACGGUAAUGAGCGAGCAUCCCCCAACUCUGCCCCCGGCCUCCACCAAACCCCAGAGGGCAAGUCGAGGAAAAGGUCAAGGGGAGGUGCAGCCCACUUUGGACAUGGCUCUAUUUGACUGGACAGACUAUGAAGACAUGAGGCCUGUGGACAACUGGCCAUCCAACAAGAAAAAAGACAAGCGGCGCAGCAAGAACAUGAGCAAUGGCAACACGACUGACGCUGAAAUCAUUGAACCAUGUGACCAUCAUCUGGACUGCCUCCCAGGAUCCUGCUGUGACCUCAGGCAGCACGAGUGUAAAUUGCACAACCGCGGCCUGAAUAACAAGUGCUACGAUGACUGCAUGUGUGAGGAAGGUCUCCGCUGCUACGCCAAAUUUCACCGCAAGCGAAGGGUGACCCGGAGGCGUGGACGAUGUGUGGAGCCAGACUCUGCUGACGGGGAUCAAGGAGCCUUCAUCACCAUCUGAGAGAGAGGAAUAGACCACGGCCUCAAUGCCCCUCCUACCCCUCCUCCCACAGACUGCAAGAUGGACUAGAUUUUAAAGGACAGUGGGUCAAAAACGGCUGACCUGACCCGUCGUUCACAGUACUGUACAUAUGCUGCGUGUUUAAAAUCUGAGUACGCUGUGUACCUACAUGUCUCUCUUACUGUACAUAUUAAUUUGUUUCUGAGUUUUUUUCUACUGAUUUCUACUGCGGUUCCUUACAGAAGUCCUAAAAGCUCAUGGAUAAAAAAAUUAUUUAAGUUGUUUUCCUUAUCUAUUUUUUCUUUACCCCUAUAGUAAGUCGGUUACAAAAAAUAUAUGUAAUUUCUUUCAUUCCUGAGAACUUGAUAUUAAACAAUUCAAUAAUUCAGUAUGAAUUUAGAACAGAGCUACAGUAACUAUACCUCUUCACAACAAGUUUAAUUAAGAGAAAUAUUAAGUUCUUGUGAGAUAUCAUGAUAAUCGUCCUUUCAAAUACAAUAUAUUGCCAAAAGUAUUCACUCGGCUGCCUUCACACACAUUUAAACUUGAGUGACAUCCAAUUCUUAACCAAUAGAGUUUAAUAUGAUGUCAGCCCACUCUUUGCAGCUAUAACAGCUUCAGUUCUUCUGUAAAGGCUUUCCACAAGGUUUAGGAGUGUUUUUAUGGCAAUUUUUGAUCAUUCUUUCAGAAGCACAUGUGUGAGAUCAGACACUAAUGUUGGACAGUCUCUGCUCUAAUUUAUCCCUAAGGCAUUAUAUCAGGUUCUAUCAGUCAAGUUCUUCCUUUCACUAGAAUUAAGGGACUGAGCUCAAUUCCUGAAAAACAACCCCACACCAUAAUCCCCCCUCCACCAAACUUUACACUCAGUACAACGCAAUCAAGCGUUGCAAGGACUGUUCUCCUGGCUACUAACAGUUGACUGUGGAAUAUUUAGUAGUGACAAAAUUUCACAACUGGACCUUCUUGCACUUUGCACACUCUUUCACUGAUGUUUAUAAAAACAGCUGCAUGAUUAAGAGCUUGGUUUUAUAAAACUGUUAUUGGAACACCUGAAGGUUCGGUGAUCUGUAUGGGUGAGUCAAUAGUUUUGGCAAUAUAGUGUAACUCCCCAAUAGUUGUUUAUAUUGACAUGUCAGAACUACAUUUGUUGUCAUGUGAAAAUGACAGAUAACUCUCUGAACAGUCUGAACAAAAAAAGUAUAUAUGAUGUAUGUCAGUCCAUGACCUUUUAAGGCCUCUGUAGUUUCCAUAACACUUAACUGUAAGUACAAUUUCUAGUGGUGGACUUUUGCUUGUUUUUAUUCGUUUUGAUUUAUUUAUGCUUCUCUUCUCAGCACUCAUUAUUGAGAUUCAGAGCUACUCGCCAAGUCCAAUAGGUGAAGAACUGAUGGAAAAAUACACCAGUCAGCCAUAACAUUAAAACUGCCUACUGAGGAAAUUAAAUACAGGCCCAAACUGAGGCUCAUUGAAGCGAUCCAUUAAUGAUCCUCAUAUUUUAGGACAUAAAGGACCUGCUGCUAAUGUACUGUAAAUCUUGGUGAGAGACACCACAGGACACCUUCAGGGGACUUGUGGCCUCAACAGGUCAGAGUUGUUUUAGUGCCGCGAAGGAAUGUUUAUAAUAUUACACAGUUUUAAUGUUAUGGUUGAUUGGCGUACAGGGUGUCUCCCAAGUAGGGAGUCUCAAAAGUAAAGAACCAGUUUCAAACACAAGCUGUGGCUGAAGGGGGAAAUCUGUUGGGCCAUGUUUCCUAUUCAUUUUAUAUGGAUGUUUUCUUACUUGUGAGAUACCCUGUGUAAUGGAUGUAUGGGUGGAUAAACAGUAGCAAUGGAAAGUUAGAUACAGACAACGGUAGAUAGAUCGAUGUAAAGUGUGAAGGACCUGUCAAUCUAAACUGGAUUUUUUUUUCUUUACACUGUCUCUGAAUUUAUUUGAAUGGAGAAUUUAUUCAGCUUGAGAUAUCCAUCUGCACUUGGUGUAUUGUGUUAGCAUUUCUCCAAACAUGCUGUCUCAAGCUUCAUAAACAAGCUGUAAGUUGUGUUUUUCUGACUUUUGUGUCCUCAUUAAAUCUCUACAGUGACACAUGGA